AUGCGAGAGGGACCUAAUGUGGAGUUGCGUUUUCUAAUCUCCACUAAAACUGCGGGUCUCAUCAUCGGUAAACGUGGAGAAAACAUCAAGAAGCUGCGUGAUGAGUACUCUGUCACCAUUAAUAUCCCCGAUAGCAACGGACCCGAAAGGAUCCUUAUUUUAGACGGCGACGUUAACUCUGUCAUUGAAAUCAUGCACAAUACGCUCAAGCGGCAAGCAAUGUCACUGCAGGAAGACUGUGUUGAUUUGCGCCUUCUUGUGCAUCAGAGUCAGGCUGGAUGCAUUAUCGGCAAAAGUGGGCAGAAAAUCAAGGAAUUGCGAGAACAAUCAAUCUUGAAGACUCUCAAAGUGUAUCAAAUGUUGUGUCCUGAUUCUACUGAUCGUAUCGUUCAGCUGGUCGGUACUGUGGCUCAUGUCAUUAGCUGUCUCCAAGCCAUUUGUGAGCUGUUGGAAGGAGCUCCAGCCAAGGGACCCCGCCAGAAUUAUGAUGCUCGUAGCUUUAAUGAAGCUAUGGCAAUGCAGUACGGUGGGUGGUGCGGUAUGGGCAUUCCUUCAUCUGGGAGUAGCUAUGGGACACGUCGAAACAACUUUGCGAACAAUAGCUAUCCACAGAGCUCGAUGUUAGCUGCUAGCUUGUUCAGUGGAGGUGGAGCAACUCCCCGCAGCGUUACUCAGGCGGCGGUAGUAAGCCAAGCACUCGCAUCAGGUAUUCCGCCCGCAUCUGCCGCGGCCAUGUUGGCCGCCACUGGAGGUCAGAGUCAUCCUGGAGGGCCUACCUCGGGUCCUGCAGGUGAUGCGGCCACCGCGGCUGCAAUGAUGGCUGCUGGAAUGAUGCGCGGGCUUCCUGGAACUGUCAGCAUGAACAUCAUUGCUCCUACAACCACUACUCAGGUUUCUGUCAGCAACAAAAUGAUCGGUGCCAUCAUGGGUCGGGGCGGCACACGUAUCAAUCAAGUUCGAAAGGAAUCGGGUGCUGAUAUCAAAAUCAGUUCUCAAGACCCUGGAGUUGAAGAUAGAAUCAUCACCAUAACGGGCACCCCUGACCAAAUUCAGAGUGCUCAGUUUUACUUACAACUAUGUGUGAAGCGCUUUGGCGAACAGAGUUAA